GAUGUUUUACUGAGUUCAAGGCAAAGCUUCCUUUCUCUUCCACUUCCCCACAAACGGCAACGGCCUCCCGCCGGGCAUGUAUGUAUUUCAUGCAGAGCUACCAAAGUGGGUGGUGAAAAGAAUAGCACCAGUACUUUGUAUGAGAUCCUUUCUCUGAGCCCGAAUAACACGAACAUGAAGGAGAUAAAGAAGGCAUAUAGAAGUAUGGCUCUUCGAUAUCACCCCGAUGUUUGUCCUCCUCCCAUGAAGGAAGAGUCCACCAGGAUUUUUGUCCAGCUGCAUGCGGCAUACAUGACGCUGUCGGACCCUGUGUUGCGCAGAGAGUAUGACUCCCAAUUGGGUUUGGGAAAUUUCGAGAAACCAUUGAAGAUGGAUUGUACUACCGAUCAUGUUACGAGAAGCAGGUGGCAAGAACAAAUUCUUGAGUUGAAGAGGAGGUCCAGUUGCCGUAUGGCUGAGAAGGAGGGGUCAUGGGGGAGUAGAAUAAGGGCCCAGAAUACGGGGAAAAAUUAGUAAUAUUACGUUUUCUUCUUAAGAAGAUGCAUGUUUUUUUAUUUGUUUAAUCUGUAUUACAUGUAUUAUCAAUUAUAUUCAUGUAAAGUUAUUCUUACU